CAAAACUGUAUAGUUACACUCUCACACCUUUAAUACACUAAAAAUCAGUAUCAAUACCUCCGAAUAAAAUGGCUAACAGUGCACUCCGAAAGAAACUGGUGAUCGUGGGCGAUGGUGCCUGCGGGAAGACUUGCCUUCUGAUAGUAUUCUCUAAGGACCAGUUCCCCGAGACGUACGUACCCACAGUGUUCGAGAACUAUGUGGCCGACAUUGAUGUAGACAACAAACAGGUAGAGCUUGCACUUUGGGAUACAGCUGGACAAGAAGACUACGAUCGUCUCAGACCACUCUCAUAUCCAGACACAGACGUGAUUCUCAUGUGUUUCAGCGUAGAUAAUCCUGAUUCUUUGGAUAAUAUCCCUGAUAAAUGGACUCCGGAGGUGCGUCACUUCUGCCCGAGCGUACCUAUCAUCUUGGUCGGACUCAAAACAGAUUUAAGAGAUGAUCCCCAUACCAAGCAAGAAUUGGCCAAGCUUAAACAGGAGCCCGUAAAGGUGGAGGCAGCUGAGGCCAUGGCCCGUCAAAUAACCGCUCAGUCGUACAUGGAAUGUUCGGCUAAGACUAAAGAGGGUGUGCUGGAGGUCUUCGAGGCUGCAACACGAGCGGCACUUGCCACCAGACAGAAGAAGAGAAAGGCCUGCCUGCUUUUGUAAAUAGUUUUGUAAGCUUGAUUACCUUAAAUGCUGCAGUGCAGUCUUAAAACUAAUUGUAACGAAGCACUAUACGGACUAUGAACAGUUCAUCUUGGUUUUUGGCAUAAGAUACUACUGAAGUUCGCAAUUUGACUUUCCUGACGGAAUUGGAAGUUGAAGAAGUACACUAAUGUAUAUAUAUAAAAUAUGCCGUAUAUACGUGCUGCACAACUGGAGCGUGGUCGUGAGGUAGGGAG